AUGGAACCUAAUUUGACUUUAAAUACUAAUACUAAUACGAUCAUUGUUGAUACAUCUUCAGACCCAGUGGAUCGACCAGUACUUAUAAAGGAACUACGUAAAGCAAAUGUGAUUUGUCUAGUCUAUGCAGAUAGUUAUAGCGAAGAACGUAUUUCAUUAUUUUGGCUGCCAUUUUUUAGAUCACUUGGUGUUAAUCUGCCAGUUGUACUUUGUGCUAAUAAAUGUGAUAAUCUGGAUAAAGAAGGAUGCCAGGUUAUCGAGGAAGAGAUGCUUCCUAUUAUGAGGGAAUUCAAGGAAGUUGAAAGUUGUAUCAGUAGAUCAAGUGGAAAGACCCAUAAGAAUGUGAAUGAGGUGUUUUAUCUAUGUCAACGAGCGGUUACACAUCCUAUAGCACCACUAUUUAAUGUAAAAGAACAAGAGUUGAAACCAGCAGCUAUAGUUGCUUUGAAGAGGAUAUUUUUUUUAUCUGAUAAAGAUCAUGAUGGUAUAUUGAAUGAUGAAGAGCUGGAUUCUUUACAAAGAAGAUGUUUUGAAAAGCCAAUGACACAAUCAGAUUUCCAUGAUAUUAAGUUUUCUGUUUCAAAACUGUCUUCUGAAGCAAUAAGAAAUAAUGGUUUAACAGAAACAGGAUUUUUGGUGUUGAAUAAGCUUUUUUCAGUGAAGGGAAGACACGAGACUACCUGGCAAAUUUUAAGAUCUUUUAAAUAUACAGAUAGUUUAAGUCUGAAAGAUGAUUUUCUUAAUCCUAAAGUCGAAGUUAGAUCUGAUCAAAGUGUAGAGCUUAGUCCUUUAGGAUAUCGUUUUUUGGUUGAUUAUUUUUCAUUAAUGGACAAAGAUAAUGAUGGUGCUUUAAAUUCAGAUGAAUUGAACGCUUUAUUUGUAUCUACACCUGGACUUCCAGAGCUAUGGGUUCUUUCAUCGUUCCCAGAUUCUACUGUUAGAAAUGAGAUGGGAUAUGUUACAUAUAAUGGAUGGCUUGCUCAAUGGAGUAUGACGACCCUUUUAAGUUAUCCAACAACUCUUGCAUAUCUUGCAUAUCUAGGUUUUGAAUCGCCAGGAAAAGAAGGAACAAUUGAUGCAUUGCAUUUAACAAAACCUCGAAAAAGAGGAAAGAAGCUUGUUAAAGUGAAUAGAAAUGUUUUUUUGUGUUAUGUUGUUGGAAAAAGAAAAUCAGGGAAAAGCUGCCUGUUAGACUCAUUUAUAAAUACUCCUUAUAAUCCGAAAUAUACUCCUACAAAAGGUCAUAGAAUAGUUGUGAACAGUGUUGAAAUUCAAAGUAUUCAACGAUAUCUUGUGCUUGAAGAACUAACAGAUGAUGAAAGCAGCGUUUUAAGUAAUCCAAAAAAAUUAGAUUCAUGUGAUGUAUUAUGCUUAACUUAUGAUUCAUCAGAUCCUGAGAGCUUUGGCUAUUUGUUAAAAUUAAAUGAAAAAUAUCCAGAAAUAAAUUCGAUUCCAUGCAUCUAUGUAGCUACAAAAGCAGAUCUUGAUCGCCAACAGCAGAGAUGUGAUAUUCAGCCAGAUCAGUAUACUCAAGCUCAAUGUCUUCGAUCUCCAAUUCAUGUUAGCAUACCAUGGAUGUCAACAUCUGAUUUAUUUGUACAGUUAGUUGAAGCAGCACAAGCUCCAUAUUCUGCUACACCCAGGAAAAAAACAGAAGGCGAAACCUCAAAUAUAGCCUUUUUACUAGCGACUACUGUGUUCGGAACUCUUGUUCUUUCUAUUGGAGUACAUUUGUUUUUUAGAAAGCCCUGA